AUGGCCCCGUGGAGCCGAGAGGCGGUUCUGAGUCUAUACCGGGCUCUGCUGCGCCAAGGCCGAGAGCUUCGCUACACCGAUCGAGACUUCUACUUUGCUUCCAUCCGUCGUGAAUUCAGGAAAAAUCAGAAGCUUGAGAAUCUAGAGGCUCGGGAGAAGCAGCUGGAGAAGGGCCUGGUCUUCCUCCGCAGCAAACUUGGAGGUCUUGUUUAG